CAUUUUGCAUCCCAGCUGCGUAAGACAAACCAAGAGCCAUGUCUGACAAAAUAUUCUUUCCCGAUAUCAGCAAGGUUGAAUACAAGGGACCGGAUUCCAAAGAUCCACUUAGCUUCCGCUAUUACAAUCCUGAUGAAGUGAUCUUAGGAAAACCCAUGAAGGUAAGAUUCGUUCCAUAUUUGGUUGCGACAGUGGCAAAGAGAACAUCGUUAGCGGGCAUCAUGGUGUUUCUUUUAUACGAUAUUGAACAUUGAAACUUCAUGUGACAUUCACCUCUGAUCUAUGUCUCGAAUCUUGUUUAGGAAUGGCUGAGAUUUAGCGUGUGCUUUUGGCAUACCUUUGUGGGUGGAGGUGGCGCCGAUCCCUUUGGAGCACCGACUUACAUUCGUGAUUGGGAAGGUGAUUUAGAGGGGAUCGCACUUGCAAAAAGACGAAUUGAUGUAGCAUUCGAAUUUUUCACUAAGCUUGGAGUUGAGUUUUAUUGCUUCCAUGAUUUUGAUGUAGCUCCCGAAGGAAACACCCUCGAAGAAUCGAUGGCUAAUUUGGAUAUCAUCACCGACUAUCUGUUGGAAAAGCAGGAGGAAACGGGUGUCAAGCUCUUGUGGGCUACCCAAAAUCUGUUUAGCAACCCCCGAUACAUGAACGGAGGGAUGACAAAUCCCGACUUGCAUGUCUUUUGUUACGCGGCCGCGCAGAUCCAAAAAGUUAUGGACAUCAACCACAAACUCGGAGGUACCAAUCACGUCUUUUGGGGUGGUCGAGAAGGAUAUGUGAGUGAUCAACUCUAUGGUUGAUUUAAUCCAUGGACGCAGGUGUAUUAUGUCUGUAACGGCAAAGCAACCUUUCUCAUUACCUUUGUUUCCGAAUCACUGCAACAGCAAUCUCUCCUCAACACCGACUUUAAAACGGAAUGUGAUAAUAUGGCAGCAAUGUACAAAAUGGCCGUGGACUACAAAAAACGAAAGGGAUAUUCGAGUCAGUUCUUAAUCGAACCUAAGCCAAGGGAGCCUACCAAACAUCAAUACGAUUACGAUGCCCAGACUACUCUGGCAUUUUUGCAUGAGUAUGACCUGAUUGACCAUUUUCAGCUAAACAUCGAACCCAACCAUACUACAUUGGCAGGGCACGAGGCGGUUCAUGACAUUUACGUGGCAUCGUUGUAUGGUAAACUAGGAUCAAUUGAUUCAAAUACKGGAGAUACCCUUCUUGGUUGGGAUACUGACAAUUUCCCGAUGGACCUUGCCCAAACUACUGCUGUCAUGGCUGUCCUCCUAGAGCAGGACGGCUUCGUCACUGGCGGCCUCAACUUUGAUUGCAAGGUUCGCCGCGARUCUGUGGAACCUAUCGAUUUAUUUUUGGGUCACAUUGGAGCUAUGGAUACGUACGCUCAGGGGUUGCGCAAGGCAGCAGAGAUGAAACAAGAUGGUGUCCUGAAAUCAAUGGUCGCAGAGCGAUACCUUAGUUGGCAGACAGACCCACUUGCUAGCAAGAUAAAAAAGGGGGAGGCGACCUUGGAAGAAUGUGUUGAAUAUGCCAAGGCAAACGGUGAACCAAAAAAGACUUCUGGAAAACAGGAGCUUUUUGAAAUGGUUCGCAACCGACAGCUGUACAAAUAAGUCAUGUUCGUUGAAACACGGUCUUUCUGUCAUUUGACGCACCAAUAGCUCGAAGGAGACUUAUGAUUGAGAGAGCAAACCUUCGCAGAUUAUUUUCAGAAAUAAUUUGUCCUUGAAUGGUUCAAAUGGUGGUUACCUUCGACGAAACUCUCGAAGAUGACGUUUCAAUGAUUUUUCCAAUCAAAGAUUUGCUCUCGCUCGUAGUCGUCUACUUCAAUACCACUACGCAGUGACACUUUUCUGUAAAAAGAAGUUUUGGUAGAACUCUUCUUCCCACUCGACCCUUUUCGAUCCCAUCGAUACUAGCCACGUAAAGUAGAGACAGGAAAAAUUUAUAAU